GACUAUUAAGCAACAGCCGUGGCGGAUAAAUCUGUGUGUAGUAAUAAUAAUAUGUUUGUCAGUGACGAUUUUUUGAAACGGCAAGAGCAGCUUUCGCAAGCCGAACGUCUGUAGUAGCCAAUUGUCUUGUUAACGAGUGGCGAACGAAUCGGUGCUCAAGGAACGUCACGGAAAACUGCGGAGUAAUGUAUCAGCGCUGAUCAUUCAUCAGUGAAUGCGGUCCUUGUGCGGCUCGCGCAUACGGUGUCAUAAAGGUGGGCCCACCUUUACAGCGGCGAUAGGAAAAGCUACGAUUUGGAAUAUGACAGAUCGGCAAUACCGUAGGCACGUUGAUUGUCGAAAAUUCAAAUAGGGCAGCUGAAGGCCUCAGAGCCCCGUAUUGUCAACGUACUAACGUGCGGCGGUCGUGCUGACGUGGAUGUUGUUGCUCCGUUAAGGCAGCACGAUGCUUGAGGGCCUCGUGGCCUGGGUGCUCAACAAUUCCGUGGGCAAAUACGUCGAGAAUCUCAACACCAGCCAGCUGUCUGUCGGAAUUCUUCAAGGUCAAGUAGAAUUAGAGGAUCUGCCUUUAAAGAAGCAGGCCUUCCGUCAACUGUUGUUUCCGUUAGAAAUCAAAAAUGGCUACAUCGGUAGAAUUGUGCUGAAGAUUCCUGUCACUCGACUGCGGACAGAGCCCUGGGUUAUUGUCGUUGAAAGGCUUUACAUAGUCGUUGGACCGGUAUCGCUUGAUCAGUACAAUGGCGAGCUUUACGAGCAACUUAGCCAGGUCAAUAAGCUGUCUAAACUGGACGCUUUCGAGGCUGAAUGGAAGUCAGCUAGACUUCGACAAGAAGCCCGUACCACCAACGAAUACUACACCUAUUCGUAUUCGUCAUGGCUUACAUACGGUUCGUCGCUAGUGUCGUCAGCGAUAAGUAAUCUACAGUUGCGCAUACAGGACGUCCACAUUAGGUACGAAGACCUGGAUUCUAUCACCGGCAAGUCAUUCGCCUGGGGUCUGCUCAUAAAAAGUGCGCAAAGCGAAAACGCCAUCCCCUCAACGGGAGGUAGCGGUUCCCCAGGCAGUGGUGACUUGCCAAGCGACGCUAAAAGUUAUGUAAGCCAGCAGCUGCAGCUUAAAGGGGUAUCGCUAUACUGGGAUCAAGAUGCAUUUCACGUGGGUGGCCUUGAGCUUAACCGAAUGGCGAAUUGCAUGGACAAUCUACGCAAUUUCUGUGUUCGCGCAAAUGAGACGUCCUGCGAACACAAUUUCCUGCUGAGCACACCAGAGGGCGCGACCCUACUUUUAUCGCGCAACCAGUCUGAGAGGCCAUUACGGUCGCGAGAUGAGCCACGCGUAAAAUGCACGUUCCAAGUAUCGAUGUUACCAAUUUCGAUCGCAGACGGACAGUAUCAGCAGAUGGUCAGAUGUUUUCAGAAUAUCGACAUCAAUCACAAAAAAUGGAAAUAUCAAAAAUGGAGACCUACUGUACCCGUAAAGGGCAAUUGUAAGACCUGGUGGAUGUUUGCGGUAAAAGCGACCACCGAAGCAUUAAUGAAACGACGAGCCUGUGCGACCAUGGAGUACGCGCUGAAGAAAGCGCAGGAGGUCAACCGCUAUGUGAAGCUGUAUAGGCAGCACCUGACAGAAGAUGGUGCCCUUGCGAAGGAACAGCUCGAUGACAAAAGUGCCAUUGAGAAGAGUUACGACUUCGAGACGUUGCUUUCACUCAGGGAAAUAAUCAUGAAACGAAUAGAUGAUGAAAGCAAUAGCAAAAAUGUAGCAGCGGCUACAACCGCAGAGAAGUCUCCGGCAGCGGGAGGCGGUCUGUUGCAGUACUUUUUCCCCGGCUGGACUGGAUGGUACGGAGGAACUAAUUCUGCCACUCCGGACAUCACUGGUGAUGGAAAUCGACAUGCGCAAAAUAACGGCGAUAGCACGUCCGUAUCGAUGGUGUCCAUCGAAAGCAGCAUUCCCAGUAGCCAGUUUGAGGAGGAGCUUUUAGCAGCACUGAACCGAUUGGACGACGAGCAUUACCUGUUACGUGAUGCGACCUUGGCACACGUUACCUUUCAGCUUAAAACCUGCACGAUCACAAUACUUCAACAGGUUGGAAGAGAUGUGGGCGGUGCUUCGGGUGCGCCCGCGUCAGCCGGCUGUCGAGAACUCGCCGUACUGCGGGUCGAAGACGUCUGGGCUCAGCUUAAAUCGCAUCCUAGGGCGCGCAGCUACUGUUUACACGUGAAAGUAGGCGGAUUACAGUUUUCCGAUCGUACACUGCCCACAUUAGUGUAUGCACAUUUGGUGGCACCACACAUAGCUCAUGAGACGCAGAUGAGCCUGCGUUCGGGUCAGAAGAUCUCGGUUUCCGACCUGUUACGACCUCGCUCAGCCGGCGCGGGCGUAAGUGCCUCACCGACCCCACCGGGGUCGGCAACAACACCUGCGCCAGUGUCUCCUAUCCCUCCUCCCCUGUUUGAAGUGCUAUAUGAAAAGAACCCACUUGGUUCCACUGCUGAUCAUCGGCUAGUUAUGAAUACACAGUCCUUGGACAUCGUCUAUAGUCCAAGCACGGUACAGGCACUGAAAAGCUUUUUAAGACCAGCUAAAACCUCAGCUACGGACGACUUGUUGACCGAUGCCGUAAAACAACACUUGGAACAAUUAAAACAGGAAACAAAAACUAGUCUUCGAUCAAAAGUCGACGCAAUGCUGAGUGGGCGACAAGUAAUCCAGCGAUGGGACCUUUGUCUGGAUAUUUGUGCUCCACAGAUCAUUGUCCCUGAAAGUUUCACGGAUCGGGCAUCGGUAGCAGUUAUGUUCGACUUAGGACGGUUACAGUUGCGAAACUUGACCUCGUUCGAUAGACCAAAAACAGAAAAAAGACGCUCCAGCAGCCACGGACCAGACGAAAAUGAUGAUGAAGACUUCUUCCAAACACCUUGUUCAUCACCUCCGGGCGAAAACGAUUUAGCCAUAUUGUCAGAGCCUCGGACCAGUGACAAAGGUCGGCUAACUGCAUUAUCUAGGCCCAUUAUAAGUCCCAGUAUGGAGUCGUGCGCCGUUUCCGAAGCCGACUUUCGCGAGCGAAUGUACGAUAAAUACAGCCUGAAUCUGCAGGAUAUGCAGGUAAUGGUGACGACCUGCUCAAGAGAAAGUUGGAAGUUUGCUCAACUUCGUGGAUCAUCGCAUCUGCAUGUGAUCGAUCGCUUCAACAUCUCGUUGCAGAUGGAGCGUCGAAUACUAUUUACGGAUGAUCCUCAGUUUCCUUCGAUUGUGGUACAUGGCCAGCUGCCCAAAUUAGUCCUACACGUCAGCGAGCAAAAGGUGUCUGCCUUAACCUCCUGUCUAAAGCUGUUGGGUACAAGCACCAGUGGGGCUGGCCAAGAAGAUCUGGAACACAAGACUCCAACCAUCCCUCCGGUCAUUCGAAUUCCUCUACGAAGACCAAAUGAUGACAGCGUACUAUUUCUGGGCCGUUUCGUCAUCGAACAGAUGUCGGUUGAGCUACAGAGCAGGGGUCGAUGCUUAGCUGAACUUCAAGUAAGCGGCGUAGAGGUUACAUGUACCCGGCAUCCGCGCGUUCACUCACUGCAGCUUCGGGUACAAGGGCUUUUAUUAGUCGAUGCUUUGCAGACAUAUGGUCCUGAUUUUGAUCUGUUACUGGCAUCCCACAAACAUAUUACAAUGGACAGUCGAUCGGGCUCAAUCCGAGACUCGGAACCAGCGUCGCCCAUAUCACCCGCCUCACCAAAAGGCCUGUAUUGCGUCACUCCACCGUUGACGGCGGCUGCUGGAGCGGACGCUGGCAUUAAGCCCAAUAUGUUGACAUCUUUACUAAAUACACUUCACAUAAGUGUACCUCCGUUGACGCCUGCAUCAGUAAGUCAUUCAGAUCAUUCAGUGUCGGCAUCGAAAAAUCACGACUCUAUGUUGAAUUUGCCGAUUGGGGGAGACCUUGAUAAUAAUAAUCAAUCAGAUGCACUCAUAGUUGUAGAUAUGAUCUGGACAGUUGAUCAAGACGACUAUAUGCAAAACGAUGCCCGCCUGGAUGAGCGUGAAUUAGAGCAGGACCUCGUACUGCAUGUUGCCUUCAACAAUCUCGAUGUGAUAGCUAAUCAGGAGACCAUCGUUGAGCUGGUCACGUUUGCACAAAGCAUUCUCAAGGCCACCCAACAGCAGGAAAUGGCGGCACAAGUAGUCAGUGCGCAAGGACCAUCCUCGCAAUCAUUCAAGGUUUCUUCGGUAAAUGUGAGCUUCGAUUUCCACCGUCUUAACAUACUUUUAUUGCGUUCAUCGACUGACAAAUCCUGCACAAUUCCCACUCGAGAAGUAAACCUAAAACUCGCAACGGCUACCCUGUCCGGAGCCAGAAUCGAUGCUCAAGUCGGAGAUAUAUUAGACCUACAAGUUGUCCUAGGAGGGCUGCAGGUGUGCGACCUGUUGUCUCCUAAACGAAUUAGGCAUGAAAGACCGAAGUCAGCUGAUCACGCUCCAUCUGGCGCCUCAACCGGGUCCGCCUUAGCCGGUAAUUACGUGCUAAGCGUGGGGAUCAAUCCGGACACUGUUGGUGACGAAGAUGUUCCUCUCGGCCGAAAAAUAUAUAAUACUGGGUCGCCCGUAAAUACCGGCGACUCAGCAGCUCUAAUGCUACACGUUAUUCGAGAAUACCCGGACACAGCGGCUGUCCACUGGAAUUCUACCCUCAAAAGACGGCAACAACAAGAACAACAACGACAACCACAGCAGCAAAAUACUGGAAGCUUGAAAAAGCAACGCAAGACGGGCGUGACUGAGCGUCGAUCCGGCAGUAAAGACAACCUUCUAGUCUUAGAUCUACACCUCGCCUCAGUAGUUUACACCCACUGCCCGCGGCUCCUGCUCGAACUCACUAAUUGCGCCUUUGAAUUCCGUUCGUACGUGACAAAAUUCGCUGCAUCCCUUCGCGACGCGGCCGCCGAAGUUGCUAAAGGAAUCGUUGGCUCCGAACUUCCUAUACAAGAUCAACUCAACGUCAACGUAUCUGUGAUACUGGAAACGCCUGUAGUAAUUCUUCCAUGUGAGGCUUCGCGACCGCUAGUGCUCGUAGCUCAUCUGGGUCGGGUGGCUAUCUCUUCACUAACACCCCGACCUCAAGCGUACCGAGUUGAACUCAAGAACACUUCUCUUUAUACACUCGAUAGCGAGCGCAGUCCCGAUCUGGACUGCGCGCGACAUGGUAAGGCCAUCCUUCAUAACACUCACGUUGAACUUACACUGCAAAAAGGAUGCAAUAGUACAACAAACGUGUGUUCGAAUUCGGUCGACGAGGAAUUCAUCGUGGGUCAUAUCGAUAUUGACGAAGCGGACGCAGCUAAUGAGGAUACGUGGCAGUUGGACGGCUACCUAGUCGGACCAUUAAAGGUGGCACUGAGUAAGAGCCAGUUCAGCCAAUUAUUGGAAACUUUAGCUGAGAUGAGUGGCAACACAAUGGCCGAGGCACCGACUGAAAAAGCCGCAGUCGAACCCCUCGACGCAGUACGGGUCGGGGUCAUGAAAAAUGGGACAAAUACGGCCAAUAAAAUAGCAGCAGCUGGGACUUUGGAGGCAGCGCGCAUACGAGCCCACUUUGCCAUCGCAGAGUUCCUGGUUGAAUUCUGUGAGGAGCAGGGUAAACCUUUUGCACGGGUGGCUUUCCACGAGUUUGACUUUGAGAUGGUUCGCCACCUAAGGCAGAGUCGAAUCAAUAUGUCGCUACAUGGACUAAACAUGGAAGAUCUUUAUGAAGAAGAGACCUCAGCUCACCGUACGCUUAUCUCCUCACAAGUAGUCCCCGAAACACCAAUCGAUACAGCAUCAGGUGAAAGACCAGUAAUUCAGCCAACAGCCGCGACUUCUUCAAAAGCAGCCCCAAUACGAUGCGACUACCUGAGCGUUUCUUGUCCUAGCCUCGGCAUGGCACAGUUCACCAUGGCAACGCCAGUAUUUGAUCAACCCGCACCUCCUCAUAGAGAUGAUCUGGCAUGCUCUGCGUUGAGCCAUUCCCUUCCGGAUGUUCUAUGUACGAAGAAUCUUUUUAAGAAAUUAGACGAGCGACGCUCAUUUACCACUCGACAGAGAUCACGGCAUGCUUGUUGCCCCAAAACAUCUCCAGGCUCUACAACACAAGACAGAAAUCACUGUCCCCAGACUCCACCUCCGUCGCCAACGCCAUCAUUGCACUCUGAACCAGCAGUUGAGUUUGAGAAUCAGAGCAACGCUGACGGCCCCUCGGAGACGACUCUUGUCAAAAUCGAAGUCGUCACACAGAGUCAUGUCGGAGCACGCCUUUCGCCAGGCCACAACAGGCGCAAAGUGAACAUCGACAUUAACUCUCUCCUUGUCUGUAUUAACGUUCGACCAUGGGUGAUGAUUGUGGAUUUGCUUAGUCGGCCGGCGUAUGGAUCAAGUAAAACAAGUUUGAAAAUUGAGGGCGAUUUGCCGAUUCAAGACAUGAAUACGACCAUCGAGAUGUCUGUGCAGAAUCUAUCGUUACAGCUGAACUCGAGCAGUUACGAGAUCUGUGAGGCACAGGUGCGACAGUUGUGGGUCCGUCAGGAAAUGACUCCUUGUGGAAUCAAUAUGCAGGGCCGACUCGGCAAAGUCUUGAUCUUUGAUCUCACGCCUUUUGGCGGCAAGGUUUACCAAGAGCGCUUUGUAACGGCAGGCAACGAAGCAUUCCAAUUUGCUUUCCGUACAACAGACAGUGUCACUGAUUGCUAUACGCUCGAGUGCAACAUUCCUGGCUCCGUGAGAAUUGUACAUACGCACCUAUUUCUAUGUGAAAUUAUCAAUUUCAUCAGUGAGUUCACCAUGUCGUACGACUCGCUAACAGCCAGCGUGCCGGCGAUGCACGAGGCUUCGCGACAAGAAGGUGACCUAAUUCAGCAGCGCGAAGGACGGCAAAAAGCUCGGGUCGAUCUUCGAGUAACCGCCGAUGCGCCACUAAUUGUCCUUCCGCGUAAUUCUCACCACUUCGAUACGCUCGUUCUUAACUUGGGAAGGGUUGAUAUUUGUACAACAUUCGAGCAGACCCUAUGCCUUAACCAGGUUAUGCAGUUAUCUCUUUCCGAUAUGGACAUGUACUGCGGGGAGUAUAUCAGAGCCCCACCGACUAGCUCUGGGGUAGGGAGGAAACACUCACUUGAACAGGUACCAUUCCGCAUUAAGAAAAAAGGCUCUUCGUUGCUGGAUAAUAAAUUCGAAUUGAGUCUCAAGGUGAUGCGCAACCUCGACGCCGAAAUAGUACACAGUGAACCAGAUUAUACGGUCCGCGGGCACGUGUCGCAAGCGUCAAUUUUCUUAGAUAAAGACCAGUAUCAACUAGUGGCGGGAAUCCUGUUUGAAAACCUGAGCGAAGGUGUUCACCUGCAAACAUCUGCGCCGGCGCCAGUAGUGGCGCCCGCCCCCGAGGACGACGCCUGGCUGCAUCUCUGUUUCGUCCUCGACCUGCAUAACGUCACUUUAAGUCUCGUAAAGGAACGUGCAGAGACGGACAGAGACGAAUACUCAGGCCACGACCUGGGUUUGGCCAGAAUUGAGUUUAUCGACUCGAAACUGUCUGUAUCCCUGUUUACAAAUGGACGAAAAGAUGUCGACCUUGUGUCGCAAGAAAUUCGUGUCUAUGAUACAAGGUUCAAAAACGCCGUUGAGCGCAAAAACGUAUUUGCUGAUAUGUUAUUGCCAACUCAAAGUGGCAAUAAAGGCGAUUCAAAAGCAAAAGAGACGCGAGGCCUUCAAAUGGAGCUUCAUUACCGGACGUUCCCCAAUAGGCUUACGGUGCUUCUCAACAACAUGCGGUUAAUGGCCGUAUUCGACUGGUUUCGUCAGACGUCAAGUUUUUUAGCUCUUCCGUCUGCAGCUAGUCAAACUAGUAGUUCUGCAGUAAAUAAAAGUACCGCUGAUCCAACAGCUAGCGGGCUGCCAACAUUGCACGGUAGCGUCGACCAUGGAAUGGGGCAUAUGAACAGUCUGAUGCCCAUUCAACUGAAAGUUAGCAUGACCGACACCGAAGUGGUUGUCGUUGAAGAUGCUUCGACCUUUGACUCGAACGCCGUUAUCCUCAAGUCAACAGCUGUACUCACCUGGCAUGGACCAGCACAUCGAGAGCGGCCUCUUAUCUGCGACCUCCAAAAUCUCGAGGUGUUCUCAUGUGUUCUUGGCACAGAGGACGAAACAGCCCUGUCUAUCAUUGACCCAGCGACAAUAUCGUUCGAGUUGAAUCUUAGACCUGUUCAAGCUACAAUGUCGACUACGGUUGCAGCGAUGUCGGAAAUCUACGAACUCGAGGCUAGCUCACAGUUACUAUGCAUACGUUUGUCGUACAACGAUAUCAAAAUGUUCCAUCGAAUCCUUGAGUGUGUCUCCGGUCAGGCUGUAAGGCAGGAUGCCAAUCAAGCCGAAGCAAAGAUUGCUAAACUCCGAGAGCUGGGAUUCUCACAGGUGGACUGCGCCAUGGCGCUCGAUCAAUGCCAAGGAAGGAUCGACGACGCUGCCCUGUGGCUUCUACAAAAUGCACAACCAUUGCCCGGUAAAGUUGCCAUCAGUAACGGAAAUCGAAUAGCACUUCUUGGCCUGUCCGUAUCAACGGCAUCCGUAAAGUUAGCCGAUUUUCGCAUCUGUUUCAUCGACGACUGCGGAAACGCCGACGUACCAUUGUUGGAGUUGCGCCUCCGCGACACCGACGCGUCGCUGGCGCUUGACCAGCGAAACUGGCAGGUGCGAUCAUUAGUGCACAUGGACUACUAUAAUCGGAUUCUGUCCGGCUGGGAACCUCUUCUCGAACCGAUUUCUAUUGGGCUUCAUUGGCGACGCAGCUCGUCGUCGAUGCACAUCGUUGAAUUAGAUGUAGAUGGCCUCUUAUAUGUCAACAUAACUUCGGCGCUAAUUAACAUCAUUCAACGGGUUCGCGAGUCUUGGAAAGGUGACAACAAGGAAUGUGCUCCGAGUGCGGCGGCUACUGCCGCAAACAAGAGAAUACCGUUUGUGCCGUUCGCGCUGAAGAACUCACUCGGCUGCAAUCUUGAAUUCGCGACAACGACUGCUCUCUUAGGCAGCUCUGAACAGAGCCUCCAGCCCCAGCAGUUUUAUAGGGUACCACCAGGUGCUACUGUGCCAUUCGCGUUUGUGACAAGUCGUGGAGCGGCCAGCCGGUUGCGCCAUCAAGAGUCGCACGAACUCCAAGCUCGCCAGAUCAUUGUUCGCGUCGACGGUUGUGAUCUCAUGGCACCCCUAUCCGUCGAUCGGGUCGGUACGUACUUCCGAUUAGCAAAACCAGCCAAUUCCACUGCCGAAGGUGCCGUGACUCGCGUUGUUUUCCAUAUUGAGCUGGAAGGUCCGGCCCUGAAAGUCAUCAACGUACGCUCGGCUCUUAUGCUCAAAAAUUUCACCGACAGAGAGGUGGUAGUAAACAUUACAACGUCGUCUCCAGUCGGUUCACUUCUGGCAGUUAACAACAAGAGCUUGCCUCUGGCAGCGAACUCGUCGCUUUCGUUGCCGUUUGCCUUCAAUUAUACGUCACUGAAGGUACGACCAUUGCGAGAAGAGCGGCUUCUGCCUACGGAAUUAGGCUGGAAAUGUGUGACGUUUGAUUUGCCUGAGGUGGGUGUCCAACGCGAAUGCAGGGCACUACACGCUGGCAUUUCUCCUUGUUAUUUCGCUGUCACCGUUCGACGGGAUCCUUAUCCACGAGUCCUAUUCAAUGAAGCUGAAAAAGAGGCUACAGGCCAUUCACUGCUGCUGCGUGCGCCCCUUAAACUGUACAAUCUGCUUCCAUUGGAGUUGCAUUACUCAAUCGAACGACCCGUACCGAUCUGCGGCCGACUCAGUGGUGUAUUAAAGAACCGAUGUUCCGUCGCUUUCCAUCAGAUCCAAUCGGAAGACAACGUUGUUAUUAUCAACCUCCAGCUCGAUGGAUACACAAGCGUAAAUCAACUCGAGCUCGACACAGGCAACACCCCUGGAACGUACACCUAUACACUAUUGAUGCAAGACGCGGAAAAGAGGUCGCUUCUACUCAAAGCCAACGUUGUAGCCGAUCAAGCGAAAGCAUACAAGGUAUACGUUUGCGCCCAGUAUUGGCUCAUUAACCACACUGGAUUGCCCCUCAUCUUUAAGCAGGAUGGUGUCUUUGCCGAAGCCGCAGGUCAACCACCAGAGCACGAGGCAGCUCGUUCAGUGGCCCCACUCCUGUUCAGCUUUUGUGACAUGGAAUCCCCCAAGUUGUGCUGUGUGCGUCUGGGGUCGCGUUGCCAAGUAGCGACGGCGAGUGCCGGUGGAGCCACCAGUUUUCAACCUAAAUGGAGUCAACCAUUUCCUCUAGAAAGUGGCGUGGGCAUUUGCAAGCUAUUUCUAUCCUCAAACGACAACAGCCCCGAUCGAAUGUUCAACAUCGGCAUCUACGGCGAGCAGGGCAAAGGCGUUUACCGCGAUACUCACUUCAUCGUGUUUAGCCCACUGUUUCAGCUUGUUAAUAAUACGAAUAUGACGCUCGACUUUGCACAGAAGUUCGUGACAACACAAAACGGCAGCAGCAGCAGCAGCGGUAACAGUUCUAGUGGCAGUUUAGGCUACGAGCGCCACAUUACGUCGGCUAUGCCGAAAAGCUCUGUCGCGUUCCACUGGCCGCGCGUUGAUCUUGAACCGUUGCUCUGUAUACGCGCCGAGGGGUCUUUGUGGUCAGGCGGUUUUCACAUCGAUAAGGCGAUGAGCUCGACGCACAUCCACGUCCGAACGCUCAACAUGCAGAGCCUAUUUGUGCUUGUUGAGGUCCGUAUGCAUGCGGGUACAUACAUCGUGACGUUCAGCCAACCCGAAUCAGCGCCGGAGCCUAUGCGCAUCGAGAACCUUUCCGAAGUGCCCAUAACGUUUUGUCAAGCCGGCGCCAAGCCAGAUCUAAAUCGUCAAUACGUCGUAAAAGCGUCCACUGCGAUGCCGUAUGCUUGGGACGAACCGACGAUGGCGCCGUUGAUCUCCGUAGAAGCCCCAGGGGGAACCUCCGAAAUCUAUGAUAUGCGCACAUUUAAAGCAGGAAACCGUCUUUACUACGAAAACUUCUUCUAUAUUGCCUUUACUGGAACCUUCCUUGAGCUACGACCGGCUGUGCCGCAGAAGUCUACACGCACUGUGCGUAGUCAGGAGCUUGUACUGGACGUAAAAUCUGAAGGUCGUGUAAUUAUCAAUCGUAAGAUAACCGGCUCGCGUAGUCAGCUGUGGCGUAUGACGCCCGAUCGCAUGCUUCAGCAUGAGGGUAGCAGUACACCGCGUAUACCGCAGGCUCGCGAAGCUUCGCCCGGAGCAUCUAUGCGAAGAGCAUCGGGUAGUCAAGGAAGAGUAUUUGUCCUAGACAUCGACGCACCGGCCGCUGAUCCCCAUCGCUGUGUUCCGCUCGUGCUGCGCAAACCGGACCCGCGUCGGCGAAGCCUUCAGACGUGGACGUUCACGGAGGACGGAGCGCUCAAGUGUGAUAUUGAAAACCUCUACGUGCAGUCAAAGAACGGUUUGAAAGGCCUUCAAAAGGGCGUUGAAGCAGUGCUAGGUCCCAAGACAGCAUACGAAGCAACUGAGUUUCUACCGAACUCGGCUAUCAAGCCAUUGGGCCAGACCACUCUAUCGCCGAGUGGUUCGAUCCGUGAUGGACGACAGCAUUAUCCGUCUGCUCAAAGGCAACAGCUUCCAUUACACUGCGGCGUUAGUAUUCAGAAAAUGCGCGGAGGCUGUGGUGUUCUCUGCGUCAGGGUAUUUCUUGAUGGCCCUACGAUUGUACUGCGGGUUACCGAUCUGACCCGGGAAGAGAGUUCUGCAACCGUUCCUGGUCACCAAAUGUCAACUCCUUUGCCAGGACAAAAACGUCGUGUGGAUAAUAGUGGCAGCGAUAUCCAAAUCAAAGUCAAUUUCAAAAAUGGGGUCGGUGUGUCCUUUAUCAACGAAACGGAGGAAAUCCUAUUGGUGACCUUAGAGGGUGUACUGCUCUCGUUUUACCAGAGUUCAGCAGAAGAUAGUCAGACAUUCGACAUGUCGGUACGACAAAUGCAGAUUGACAACAUGCUCGGCGAUGCGGAACGACCCUGUGCAUUGUACAUGAGCCCUCCGGAAAGUCGAAGCGACCAGCACUCGUAUCUACCAGCGUUCUGUGUGAAAGCGUCGCGACUAAUCAACUAUAAUACCGAUACUCUCGUUUUUGACCAUUUCCUCGUCAGUAUGAAGGACACCACAUUAGCUCUUGAAGAGAAGCUAAUGUUAAAGCUGUUCCAAAUGUUCCAAGCAUUUAUCCCAUGGCUAAACGAGACCGAUGAUCUGCAUCUUAUUGAACAACGCAGUUUAGCAGGCGAUGUCCUAAGGGAUUACGAGCGUAAGCUAUACUUCAACAAACUCCAGGUGGAGCAGCACCAGUGCAAACUAAGCGUCCUUCCAGCAAGAGCAGGCACGCUCGAUGAAGGUCUCCGCCACGUAAAGAAACAGAUCAACUGGAGUCUAAUUCGAUUCGAAGACGCCGUCGUCCACCUGUCGGAGUUUGAGAGAAACCACCCAUUCGAGACACUUUCGUUUCUAUUAGGAACCGCUUCAGCUCACUACAGCAAGGAGCUAAGCAAACAGGCGCGUACCAUUAUGGGCAACGUCGAUUUCUUCGGGAGUCCAUUGGGCUUCUAUCAGGACGUUCGGGGCGGACUUAAAGAAGCUAUUAGUGAGAAAAAUCCAAUAACACUGUUCAAGAGCAUCACGCACGGUGCCUUGAAUUCUGCAGCCAAACUUACUGGCAGCCUAUCUGAUGGCCUUCGCAGCAUCGCUAACUUGGACAACAACGAGUCAGCUAUCGUUGUGGCACCACCGACGGCUACAGGGACUGAACACUUUAUUGGCGGACUCCGUGGGUUCAGCCGCGGCAUCGUUUAUGGAUUUACGGGACUUAUCGUACAUCCUUAUCAUGGCUUAACGACCGGUGGUCUGACAGGUUUUAUGGAAGGAGUAGGCCGUGGCCUGAUGGGCUCUGGAGUUCUUCCUACGGUGGGCGUUCUCGAUUUGGCAACAGGCAUGGCGGCUGCUCUGCGUGAUUCUGCUAAAACCCAUGCCAGACCGGAACGGCGCCGUCCUCCGCGUCUAAGCCGUGGUCCUCGAGGUCUACUUCCUGUUUACUCGGCUCAGUUAGCCGAAGGCCAGAUGCUACUGACGCGGAUUCUCGCUGCGAAUGCAGCACACAGCCCCUCCGAACGGAACGCUGCAAAGGAAUUCUUCCUCGUAAAGCAUCCAAUCGAAGACGGCGGUCUUCUUGUCGUGUCCAACCAACGAAUCCUUCGCGUUUCCACGAAGCAUAUUCUACUUGACGAGGUACAUCUGAGCGAAGUGCGUAGUGCUCACCUCUGUGUCACGGUGGGUUGUUCUUCGCUGGUUCUUAAACUUGCCGAAUCUUACCAGCAGCAUAAGCGCAUUGACUGCGGUGAUUCUGACGAGGCCAACAUUUCUGCCAUUCGAGAGAUUGAAAAAGUGAUCAACUACGCCGUGUGCACCUGCGAAGAGGAACGAUUCCGUGUUAUCACUCCUGACGAUGAUGCAGAUUAGACUGGUUUGUUUUCCAGAGAUAAUGAUAGAGGUAAUUUGAUUUUGGGUUCGUAAGGAACUGUGUUAAUGAACGGCGGGGUCUGUGCCUUUGAGCCGCCAUCAAUGGCGUCGAUCGCCGAUGUAUCACUCUUUUAGAAGCCAGAUGUUUUUAGUGUGUUGUUCGUUGUACUUUCAUCCAGCAACGUCCAGUCGAGUGUUAUGUCUGCUCAUAGCUUACAGGAAAAUCACGAACAUUGUAACAAUAUUUUUUAUGUUUUUGCGAAACAUGGGUGAUUUUAGAAAACCCUGAUAGGUUCCCGACAUAAGUUAGCCUGCGUAUGUUUUCUCAAUGUUUCAUACUGCAGUAUACGUGUGUACAUGAAAAUGAUUAUAUAUAUAUAUAUACAAUGUGAUAGUAUGACAUACGCUCGUCGCACUGGUUACAUGAAGACACCUUUACAAAUUCCACCGCUAGCCACUGCCUUGAUCAAGGCUGCCUAAUUUGAAACCUAGGCCAGCAGUACUAUAAUGUUAUGGUUGUAAUUGCAAAUCAGGUCGGACAGACGGUCUGAUUCGAGAAGUAGCUGUCUUUAGUGACUAACGACGGUUCCGAGCUGGCAGUUACACAGGACUAAACAAAUAAAAAGCGGUAGUGGUGUCCGAAUGAAGAUCAAUCAAUAUACAAUACUUUAGACGCCCUAAACGAACAACUGAUAACCUUAUUAGGCGCUUUCUAAAUAAAAAAUAGAUAUAUCUUACGAUCGAAAGAAAUCAUGAUUAUACAAGUUAGCUAAGUGCCUAAGGAGUCAAAGCUGCCAGUAAUAACAGUAAUAAAGCAUCGAGUUGAGUUAUCAAUGGCCGUAACUACUGACAACGGCUAAUGAGCUAUUCAUAUCGUCUGCUCCUUGGCCACUUAGUUUGUCUGAUAGUUCACUAAGCUAACACGCAAUCGCAUCAUACGGACGAACUGGGAAAGAUAGAGGAAUAGCAGCCGCAGUCGGGGACUCUUAUUCUAUCCGGAAUAUCAACGCAUUGUUUGCACUGAGAUUGUCAUCAGCUAGCUAUCAGAAUGUGAUCCCGUUUUCCAGUCUCUCUCAAACAACGAAACCACGAAAAUUCAAAGGUUUUAUGAGCCUACGCGCGCGUAGGCUACCGCGUGUACAAGAUCAAUAACAUGAAAUGAAAUUGACAGUGUUUGUAAAUCGGAAAGAGGUAUUUCAAUACAAUUCUUAAUGGAUUACGAACGUGAGAAAAGCUACCAUGCUUUCUGAAAAAGACAGGACGAUGUACGGCUUCUCGAAACUGUGUUCGUGUGGCCUGCACACAGGUCAAACCGCAAGUGUGAAUGCGGAUGUGUGUCAAGUAAGCUACAGAGGAAACGCGCGGUUCUUCAGCGCGGAUACGUUGCUGUUGAGAUGCAAGUCGUAGCAGCUUUUUUAAAAAAAAAAAAAAAAAAAAAAU